AUUACAUUACAUGUCAUUUAGCAGACGCUUUUAUCCAAAGCGACUUACAAUAGGUGCAUUUAAACAUUUGGGUACAAAUAAGAGCUUCAAGUAAGCCAAACUAUGAAGUGCUAGUCAUAAGUGCGAUGUAUAAGGGUUUUUUUUUUUCUCUUUUUUGUCGCCGUCGUCUUAGUCGAGGUAGAGUCGGAAGAAAUGUGUUUUUAGUCGGCGGUGGAAGAUGUGGAGGCUUUCCGCUGUCCGGAUGUUGAUGGGGAGUCUGGAGUUCUGUAAAUGCCUCUGCGAUCCUCUCAGUGAGGGGGCAGCGAGCCGGUUUGCAGAUGCAGAGCGGAGUGGGCGGCUGGGGUGUAGGUUUUGAUCAGUUCCUGAAUGUAGGCUGGACCGGAUCUGUUUGUAGCAUGGAACGCAAGCACUAGAGUCUUGAAGCGGAUGCGAGCAGCUACAGGAAGCCAGUGAAGGGAGCGGAGGAGCGGUGUAGUGUGGGAGAAAUUUGGUAAGUUGAAGACCAGUCGAGCUGCUGCAUUCUGGAUGAGUUGCAGUGGUCGUAUGGCACACGCAGGGAGACCAGCCAGGAGGGAGUUGCAGUAAUCCAAGCGUGAGAUGACAAGAGCCUGGACCAGAACCUGUGCCGCCUUCUGGGUUAGAAGAGGCCGUAUCCUUCUGAUGUUGUACAACAUGUAUCUGCAAGAUCGAGCUGUUGCAGCAAUGUUGGCAGUGAGGGAGAGAUGGUCAUCAAGUGUCACACCCAGGUUCCUUGCGGUAUGAGAAGGAGUUACCACAGAGUUGUCGAGGGUGAUGGUCAGGUCUGUGGUGGGAGAAAAAGAAACUCAGUCUUGUCGAAAUUGAGUUUCAGGUGAUGGUCAGACAUCCACUGAGAGAUGUCGGUCAGACAAGCGGAGAUCUGUUCUGCUACAUGUGUGUCGGAGCUGGGAAAAGAGAGAAUGAGUUGAACUGUCAUAGUUCACGUUUAGUCCUGGUUUAGUCCUAUAUUCUCCAGUGGUUUAGUCCUGGUUUAGUCCUAUAUUCUCCAGUGGUUUAGUCCUGGUUUAUUAUUCUGAAAGUUGUCAUUGAAAACUCUGUCAUGUAAAAGUUAUUCACAUGAAAUGAAUCUUCCUUUACUUGAUUAAACUGACUUUAGAAUUUAAACACCAGCAGUAAACACACAAACCAUGAUUAUUUUCCUUUUUGGGCCAAAAAUGCACACAAUUCUCCAGAAACAAAGCUAAUUUUUCUCGCUUGAAAAUCAAGGGCACAUCCUGUAUCCGAUGACCUACUUCCUGUUGGGUGGUCCUGGCUUGCAGGUGUCUUCAGACCGGGUCCCUGGUCUCACUUACGGAUUUAGAAUAGAAUAGAAAAUGUCUUUUUUUGUCUCUUGAAGAGGACACAACAACAACGAUUACACUAAAAACCACAAGAAAGCACAUUCCAAUCAUUUCAAAUAACGGUGCAUUUUAAAAUAAGUUAAAUUAAGGACAUUGACGGCAUUUUGGGUCAAUCUGUGUCUCUCUGUUUCCCACAAUGCUGUUCACCAAGGACACAACAAUCCUGUUUCAUUUACAUUUGCACGUCCAACUUAAGUGCAGCAGAUGGACCAAUGUACAGGUCUCUUCCUGUUUUGGAUGACUUACUUCCUGUGUGCAAGUCACGUAAGAUUUUAUUUUUUUUUAAACCCAUUAGCUCCUCCUCCUCCAGGAAGUGCACAGGUUGUAGGACCUCCUACAUUUCCUCGAAGUCCUCCUCUUUGUCCGUUUGUCAGUAAACAUUAAAGCCGACAGAGUUUGCUGCCGUGUGUCGUUUUACUCGUCACUGUCAUCGCUUGUUUUUUCUUUCCUGUGUCUGAUUUAUUAUUUUAACCUGAUUUAAUUCUGAAUUUGUUGUGCAGUGUCAACACCUCAUACACUCAUGUGAACUGUCCCUUUAACUGCAGCUGUCUGUCGCUCUUCAGUCACGGGACAUGAGACAAAGUCAGUUUAAAGUGUGUUGUGAAAAAUAAAUAUAUCAGCCAGUAUCAACACAGACACUUUUAUUUUGAAAUUCUACAAAACCACUGUGAUUUCCUGAGUUCCUGAAGUUCGAAAAAAGAUUUUGGAGUAGAUAUUGAUAUUUGAACAGUUUUUGAUGACGUACUAGAUCAGUCUCUUGAACCCACUUCCUGUUUCGUGGCGGAGGUCGAAAUUCGCCCCAAAAUUCCCGAUGUUUGUCGUGGCCACGCCCCCUUUUGGAUCAGCGUAACCUCUCAUCUUGACGCAUUGUUGUAGUUUUAUGUUGACAAAACGUGCAAAUCGCCACAAGGUUUAGUUCUAAGUUUAUUUCAAACAUGAAAACGUGAAAUAACAACGAAUAGCUAGGACCGCUCGUAGGACUGCGCAUCGUCAUGAACGGGCCCUCGCCCCACGCAACUCGUCAUAGCCGAUUUUCAUGUAGUUCUGUUCACGUUAAUGCUUUCAAAAAGUGGGAUUUUAAAGUAGUUUUCCUGCCAUUUUAAUGUCAACUUUGUCAGGGUUCUGAGGCCACGCCUUUUCACGUAGAGAAAAUCCUUUGAUGACUUUAAAUCGCGAACUUGUCUGGAGCAUAAAAUAGUUUUUUUGUUUUUCUUGGUGGGCGGAGCUAAUGGAAGUUUGGAAUCAUGCGAGCAGGAGCUUGUGAGUCAGUCUAGGUUUUAAAGGUUGAUUCCACCCAAAUUGGCAGCAAGAAACAGAAUUCUCGAGUUAAUGUUGUUGCUUUUUUUCCUGUGAUCACAGCCUGUUCCUCAAUACAGUGUGUGUGUGUGUGUGUGUGUGUGUGUGUGUGUGUGUGUGUGACUCAGCGAACCACACUUACAUAUAUGUGUGUGUGUGUGGUGACAGUUGAUCAGUGUUCAUCAUGAGGGUCGCUCUGCUGCUCGCUCUGCUCACAGUGGGUGAAGGAGACGGCACGAAGGUUAAAGGUCGCACAGGUGAGGACGUCACCCUGCCGUGUCACUAUGACGUGGACACUCACGGUCUUCUGUCCGUCUGCUGGAACAGAGGACAGAUAAGUAAGAAUGGCUGCUGGUCCUUGAUUGUUGAGGCAGAAAAAACGAAGGUGACAGAAGAAACCAGAGUGUCCAACAGAUACCAGCUGCUGGGACGACUGGACAGAGGAAACGUGUCUCUGACCAUACUGAGCGUCACAGAGACAGACAGCGGAGUCUACGGCUGCAGAGUGCACAUUCCCGGCUUGUUCAAUGAUGAAAAACACCACUUUGAUUUGACCGUGGACACAGCUCUGCUGUUGACCACGUCCACACCAGUGGACACGGCGACGUCCCCGGGGACGGCGACAGACGCUCACACCUCAGGUCAGAUGACCUCCUCCGCCGCCAGCGCCGUCCUCACUUCCUCCUCCGCCAGCAGCAGCAUGACCAGCGAGGACACUGAGGAAGUCAGCGCUGUGGCUGUGGCUCUGCUCUGCGCUUUCUUCGGCUUCAUCGGUUUGAUCACAGUGGGCGGAGUCAUCGUCAUCAUCGCAAGAAAAUGGAGGCAACUCAAAGUUCCUCAGCCUCUGGUCAGCUCCUCGUUGUCCACGCUGCAGCUCCAGAGUCGCGGUGCGGACGAGAACAUUUAUCAGAUGGACGAGGGCGUGUACGACUCCUGUCCCUGACUGCUGACACGACAAGCUCUGGACACACUG